AGGUUUUCGUUUUUGUACUGGACAAAAUGGUGUGGAUGCUGCUAAUCGCUGCUUUUACCACGCAGGCGCUGCAAAUAGCAGGAAUAUUGGAAUCGCCGAAGGGUUUACAAGAAAUAACAUACAAUAAUGAUAAAGAGUACAGUUUUCAAUUAUCCGUUGGAGGGGAAAAUAGAGGAAAGCGGGAAACGGCGGAAAGAUCGAAAUUCAUCGACAGUUUCUUUAAUAAACAAUACAAUCAAGGUGAAUACUUCUUCAGAAUAGAUCGAACUAAUGUUAUUACAGCUAUAAUGUAG